AUGGAUCAGGUACUCCCCAUUGCACUUAUCUCAGUCCUUCUUGGUACUGCAAUCGCUCUUAUCUUCUUCAAAAACUACUUUCUCAAAAGAAAAUCCGAAAUUGGAUCCAUCGCCAAGCCCGAGCUCCAUUCGGAUCAUCUUAAAAAACCUACAAAACCUACUCAUCAAUCCAAAAAGUCUCACUCCAAACCUCACUCUCAUGCCUCCUCCGAUAAGGAUCAUAACAGGAAACAUCAUCCGUUGGAUUUGAAUACUUUGAAAGGUCAUAGUGAUUCUGUUACCGGGCUGUGCUUCUCUUAUGAUGGACGCAGUUUGGCUACCUAUGGAGUCGUGAGGGUGUUUAAGUUAGAUGAUGCUUCGAGUAAAAGUUUCAAGUUUUUGAGAAUUAACGUGCCAGCUGGAGGUCACCCAGUUGCAGUGGCAUUUUCUGAUGAUGCUUCAUCUGUCGUGGUGGCAUCACAAACGCUGUCUGGUUCAUCUUUAUAUAUGUGGGGAGAGGAUAAGGUCAAAGCUAAUAAUGACUCUAAGCCUCAAUCGAAGCUUCCUUUGCCGGAAAUCAAAUGGGAACACCACAAAAUUCAUGAGAACAGGGCAGUUUUGACCCUGGUUGGGACUGCUUCAACUUAUGGCAGUGGCGAUGGAAGUACAAUUGUGGCCUCUUGUUCAGAAGGUACUGAUAUCAAAAUCUGGCAUGGAAAAACAGGAAAGAUCCUGGGGACUGUCGAUACAAAUCAAUUGAAAAACACCAUGGCUACUAUAUCUCCUAAUGGACGUUUCGUUGCUGCUGCAGCUUUUACUGCAGAUGUGAAGGUAUGGGAGAUUGUAUAUUCAAAGGAUGGGUCUGUCAAGGAGGUUCCAAAAGUCAUGCAACUUAAAGGGCACAAAAGUGCAGUAACAUGGUUAUGCUUCACUCCGGACUCGGAGAAAAUCAUCACAGCCUCCAAAGAUGGUUCAAUAAGAGUUUGGAACAUCAAUGUUCGUUAUCAUCUUGAUGAGGACCCAAAGACUUUAAAGGUGUUUUCAAUUCCACUUCAUGCUUCAAACGGUGCAACUUUGCAUUAUGAUCGUCUCAGUUUAUCCCCUGAUGGAAGGAUAUUGGCUGCAACCCAUGGUUCGAUGUUGCAGUGGUUAUGUAUUGAAACUGGACAGAUAUUGGACACUGCUGACAAAGCCCAUGAUGGUGACAUCACAUGGAUCGCAUGGGCGCCUAAGCCUAUUCCAAUAGGGGAUGGACAGGCCUUCAUUUUGGCUACAGCCAGUGUUGACAAGAAAGUGAAGUUAUGGGCAGCUCCGCCACUCCGAUCAGCAUAA